AUGUCUACCGAAUUUACUAAUUUAACGACUGUUAGCUGUCAAAGAUUUAAAUGUUCAGGUCGUGGUCUUAUAUUACCGUUUGCUAUUGAAGCAUGCAUGUCAAUAUCAUUAAGAGCAGUGUUGUACUUUAUAUUUUUACUUUAUCUUUUUCUUGGUAUUGCUAUUAUUGCUGAUAUAUUUAUGUCGGCAAUUCAAACAAUAACAGAAAAAAAGCAAAAAAUACGUUAUCCAAAUCCAGAAAAACCAAAAGAAUAUUUAGCUGUUCAAGUUCCAAUAUGGAAUGCUACAGUUGCUAAUUUAACAUUAAUGGCACUUGGUUCAAGUUCACCAGAAAUUCUUUUAUCAAUUAUUGAAAUAGUUGGAAAUCGUUUUGAAGCAGGAGAACUUGGACCUGGAACUAUUGUUGGUUCUGCUGCUUACAAUCUUUUGAUGAUCUGUGCUUUAUGUAUUGUAUCGAUCAAAUCUCCUGACACAAGAAGAAUACAGUUGUAUAAGGUCACAUCAUUUUUUGGAUUUUUUGCAUACAUAUGGCUAUUCAUUGUUUUAUCAGUCAUAUCAAAAGAUGUUGUUGAUCUUUGGGAAGCUGUCAUUACAUUUCUGCUGUUUCCAGUAGUUGUUUUAUUAGCUUAUAUGGCUGAAAAGAAUUUUUUUGCUGCAAAAGAAAUUGACAUGGGAGAAGAAGAACGAAAACUUAUAUUAAAACCAUCCGAAGUAGAUCCAGCUGGUAAUGUACGUAUGUUUCGUCGAGAAGAACUUCUUCAAUUUUUACGUGAUCUUGGUCAAGCAAAAGAUUUAUCAUUAGAAGAAAAAGCACAAUUAUUUGCAGCUAAAUUAAGUGAGAAUAUGCCUCGAUCACGUAUGCAAUAUCGAAUACAAGGUGUACGAAUGCUUACUGGUAGUAAAUCUUUAUUUCCCCAUUUAUCUGGCAGACUUCAAGAGAUAUAUCAACAAGCUGUCAAACAGCAGUUACUUGAUGGAACUGUUUCACCUGACAGUGAAAAUGAGAAUCAAAGAGAAGUAUCACCAAGGAUUAAUAUUGAUGAUGAUCAAACAAUAGCCACAAUUGAGUUUGCCUCAUCUAACUAUGCUGUACUUGAACGCGAACAGCGUGUAACUGUCGAUGUCGUCAGAUACGGUGCAACUGAUUCUGUUGUUCGUUUUCGGUAGGUCCCUUGAAUGUUUAGUCUUUUUUGUCAGUGUUUACCCUUUUUGUUACUUGAUGUUUUUUUUUCCUAAAUAUCCAAAAAACCUUCAUGUUUAACAUUGAGUUUUCUGAGAAGUAUUUACAAAAAAAAAGGAAACAGGCUAAAAACUAAUUUCUAUAAACAUAUGCAUUUUAACAAAUUCUCCCGUGCACAAUCUCUACUUGUUCAAGACAUAUAUAUAGUUAUAUUUAUGUUGAUAUUAUUUAUUUGUAGACUUGA